GUAAUCUCCGCCCGCGAACCCGGAGAGCUCUGCGCUGGGGGCCCGCGGCCGCCGCAGCUCGGGGGCGGCGCCUGCACCGCCGCCGCCUCCCCUCGGCGUUCGCGCAGCACUGUCUUUGUCCGCCGGCGCCGCGGCCGCCGCUUUGUUCCCGGCGCCCGUGCCUUAGCCGACCGGACGCGCAACCCAGCUGCUCCCGCCGCGCUGGCGUCGUCUUCGCCCCCCUCGCCGCCGGCCCCUGUCCGAGGCCGGGCCUUGCCCACCAUGGUCUCCCGGCCUGAGCCGGAGGGCGAGGCCAUGGACGCCGAGCUGGCGGUGGCGCCGCCGGGCUGCUCGCACCUGACCAGCUUCAAGGUGGACAACUGGAAACAGAACCUGCGGGCCAUCUAUCAGUGCUUCGUGUGGAGCGGCACAGCGGAGGCCCGCAAGCGCAAGGCAAAGUCCUGCGUUUGCCAUGUCUGUGGCGUCCACCUGAACCGUCUCCACUCUUGCCUCUACUGCGUCUUCUUUGGCUGUUUCAAUAAGAAACACAUCCACGAACACGCCAAGUCCAAGCGGCACAACCUGGCCAUCGAUCUCACAUAUGGAGGUAUUUAUUGCUUUUUGUGUCAAGACUACAUCUAUGACAAAGACAUGGAAAUAAUUGCCAAAGAGGAACAGCGGAAGGCUUGGAAGAUGCAAGGUGCUGGAGAGAAGUUUUCAACCUGGGAACCAACCAAAAGGGAGCUGGAACUGCUGAAACACAACCCUAAAAGGAGAAAAAUCACCUCUAACUGCACCAUAGGUCUGCGAGGGCUAAUCAACCUUGGAAACACGUGCUUCAUGAACUGCAUUGUCCAGGCUCUGACCCACACGCCACUCCUGCGUGACUUCUUCCUGUCUGACAGGCACCGGUGUGAGAUGCAGAGUCCCAGCUCCUGCCUGGUAUGUGAGAUGUCCUCACUAUUCCAGGAGUUUUACUCUGGGCACCGGUCCCCUCACAUCCCGUACAAGCUGCUACACCUGGUGUGGACCCACGCACGCCACCUGGCAGGCUACGAGCAGCAGGAUGCGCACGAGUUCCUCAUCGCUGCCCUGGAUGUCCUCCACCGGCACUGCAAAGGUGAUGACAACGGGAAGAAGGCCAACAACCCUAACCACUGCAACUGCAUCAUCGACCAGAUCUUCACAGGCGGACUGCAGUCCGAUGUCACAUGCCAGGUCUGCCAUGGAGUUUCCACCACCAUAGACCCCUUCUGGGACAUCAGCUUGGAUCUGCCUGGCUCCUCCACCCCAUUCUGGCCCCUGAGCCCAGGUAGCGAGGGCAGCGUGGUGAACGGGGAGAGCCAUGCAUCAGGUACCACAACACUCACGGACUGCCUGCGGAGAUUUACCAGACCAGAGCACUUGGGAAGCAGUGCCAAGAUCAAAUGCAGUGGGUGCCACAGCUACCAGGAGUCGACCAAGCAGCUCACCAUGAAGAAGCUGCCCAUUGUGGCCUGCUUUCAUCUCAAACGAUUUGAGCACUCGGCCAAACUGAGGCGGAAGAUCACCACAUAUGUGUCCUUUCCCCUGGAGCUGGACAUGACACCCUUCAUGGCCUCCAGUAAAGAAAGCAGGAUGAAUGGGCAGUACCAGCAGCCCAUGGACAGUCUCAACAACGACAACAAGUACUCUUUGUUUGCUGUCGUUAACCAUCAAGGGACCUUGGAGAGUGGCCACUACACCAGCUUCAUCCGUCAGCACAAAGAUCAGUGGUUUAAGUGUGACGAUGCCAUCAUCACCAAGGCCAGCAUCAAGGACGUGCUGGACAGUGAAGGAUACCUACUGUUCUACCACAAACAGUUCCUGGAAUAUGAGUAACCUCAUCCAUAGCUGGUCAGAAAAAAGGAGGGCAAGGAGUUGGCAAGCCUCACCAGAAGAUCCCCAGCUUCCCUGACAUCACACCACCAUGGCACCCCUCCUGUAUAGAUGAGCCCGCACACGGAUUCCUCUGCACCUGGAGCCGAGGUGUCAGAGUGGACAUGAACUGCUGGAGCAUAGGCCUCAGGACGUGUGCCCUGGGAAAGGAGCUGAGGGGAUCCAUCACUAGCAUCUCUCCUGUGUUCCUCAAAACUUUAGGAGAUUUGUGGUUGGGGGCGUUCUCAUGGCAUGGAGUUGCCUCUGCCUGGUGCUUCAUUUUGUCAUACCAUGCACACAGUUUAAAAAGGUGCCCACCCGUUUGAAAAUAAUGGGUCCAUCAAAGUUGUAGGCAAAGAUGGUGUGCAAGGACAGAGGGCUUGCGAGCGCCUUUAUUGGGUUGUAGUUUUAAAUGCGUAGAGUGUGAGCUCCCGUCCUCCCCUUUUUUCUGCAGCUAUAAAGCAGCCCCAGAGCCCAUGGACCUGAGGGUAUUUGCGCGGGUUCCAAGCACGUCUGUUCUGCAGAUAAUUUAGCAUCAACUGCAUGUGGAAGCAUCAGCUCAGAUGUUCUCUCAGUUUUCUAGAAAUAGACAUUUUCUUAUUCCCCUUCCCUUUUCUCUUUUUCCACAAUGGUGAAUUUCAUAAAUGUAAUAAUAGUAAAGUGAAUGACUGUCGAGUUUAUACUGAAAUCUAGACCAUUUCUUUAUUCUCAAGAGUGAGUCUUGCUUUUUAAUUGGUGCUGUUUCUGUUGCACCCCUCCCUACCCUGCCCUGCUACUCUCUCCCCUUCUGUGGUUCACAGCAGGCAGAGUCAGUAGGGGAGAACUGGGCUGCAGCUCAUGAUUCAGUGUCUUGAUCUUUGGAGUAAAUGGAGCAUUGUUCAGUGGUUCCAUGGUCCCUUUCCUCCCAUUUUUCUUCCUGAUCUUCAGUCUUGCUGCCUGUGCAGGGCCGCUUGGUGUCUGGUGUUGGAUUUGAAGCUGAGCGGCCUCUAGUGGAGACCAUGUGCCUCCUCUCUACACUUGCUGUGGUUUCAGUUGUAGUGAGAAUGAAAUGCUUUUGUGAUUGAGGUUGUCGCAGAGCUGGUUGAGGAAGUUCCUUGUAAGAUAUCUUGCAUGUAUCUACCUAUUCAAACCCAAACUUAGAUUGUUAGUCCAUUUUUGAGAAAUUACAACCUGGGGACCUGGGGACGGAAGCAUUGUUCGAAUCUAGUUUGUGAAUGGCCAACUCUCCAGCUGUCCUGGAGCACUGUCUGCAUGGACUGUGGGGUCCUUGUGUUGGGGAGAAGGGAAUGAGCAGUCUCAGGGCUAGCAAGUAUCUUCUCAUAAAGAGCUGAGUAGUGAGAAUUUGAGGCUGUGUGGACUGUAGGGCCUCUGCUGUAGAUAAUAUGUGAACAGUUAGUUUGGCUGUGUUCCAGUAGUCCUUUAUUUAUGGGCCCUGAAAUUUGAAUUUUGUACGACUUUCGUGUGUCAAGAAAAAAAAAUUUUUUUUUUAAACUAUUCAAAAAUGAGAAAACUUCUCACAGUUGACAGGCCACACAAAGGCAGGUAGGGGACCUGAACUGAGAAGCUGCUGCUUAAUCAAUGUAGAAACACCAGAACCCAGGAAACACGAUCAUGUGCCACAGAGUCGGCAGGUAUGGCCAAGCCUCAGUGGUGCAGUUUCUGAACACUUCCCAAUUCAUUGUCUGUCAUGUUUCUGUGCUUGAAGAGUAUAAGUUGAAGCAUGUGUUAAAUAACACAUGUGUUAAAUAAGCAUUAUUGGAAAAACGUGGAUGGGCCCAGAUUCUCAGGCACAGCCCCAGGUGGCCAGGUUCUAUGUACUGUGCUAUGAAGAUGAUCUUGGGAGCAGAUUUUUGUCUUUUAAUCAGGAACAAAUCUUUUGGAAAAGAGACUGAACUGAAGUCAACCUGUAGGAGUCUGAACUGGGAGCCUCAGCACCCUGAUUUGUGGGGUGUCCAGAUGCAGGUGUGAAGCAAGCAGGUGAGUCAGCUGGACUUUCUGGCUGGUCACCUCUGGUUGGGCUGAAUCUGCUUCCUCCAUCGUGACAUACGCCUCACUUGUGUCACCACACUAAGAAUAUAGAACUGGGGAGAAAGAUAGAACUAUGCUCCUUUUUGUAAGCAUUAUUUGAGACUUUUGUGUUCAGAUUGAUUCCCUCCUUCCCCAAGGCUUUGGCAUUCUAAGCACUUAGCUCUGUACCUGUGGCCCCAUGGACACUGAGUUCCUGUUGGGCCUUGCCCUCUGCCAGGACCCUCAGCAUUGGGUCCUCAGCAUUGAUGUGCUCAUGUGAAUUUAUUUUGUGAGGAGCAGCAUAUUUAUUUGAUGGGUUUAGAAAUCACUUCUUAUAGCCCCCCCCUCCCCUGGCUGUUAGGUCAGCAGAAUGGUUUUACCAUUUCCUAGUUGACCACCUUGUGUAGGGAGGUGUGCAGAUUGUCACAAAGUGCAUCUUACCAUGAAGGGGACUCAUUGGGUGACACCCCCUUAUACACAGUCAACCAGUGUGCUAGAAAGAGCCUGUAUUUCUGAGAUACUGGUUGUCAUUUCAGUGCUUCAUAGUAAGACAAAUGAACUCACCCUCUUCAGAAAUAUGAAGGCAAUGUUUUUGAGCCGUGUGAAGUGCUGGAGGCAUGGGAUGGCCUGAGGAUCGUGUGGACAGCCUCCCUCUGUCAGGGACUCCUCACACAAGGCAGCAGCCUGGGGCUAGGCCCGGGCUCCCCUCCUGCUGGGCACUAGGACAGCCCCUGGACUUCCCUCUUGUAGCAGCAUCCCUGAGACAUAUAUACCUGAGUGCUAUUGUAUUUUGGCUUGGUGUGUAUGCUUUUACUUGUGUAAAAUCGCAGUUCUUUUGACAAUUCAAGUGACUUGUUUCAUUUACUAUAACUUUGAAAACAAAAAUUGUAAGAAAAAAAUUCCAAUGAUUGUGUUGUGGUUGGAGAUUUUAUUACCAAGAUGUUUACACCUGCCUUUUCCCUGUCAUUUUGAGGGGCUAUUUGACUCUCUUCUCCCUGAUGGCUUGUAGUCUUUCCUAUGUCAUAAUAAAGCUACAUUUUAUUCUGCA